AUGAACUAUUUGAACCCCGACAGACCACUUCCGUACAUUCUCACCCUCACCCUAAUUCUAGGGUCGUUACAAAUGGCCUGGACCGUCGAGUUCAGCGAAUGUACCCCGUUUUUGCUCGCCAACCUCGGAUUAUCUAAAUCACUUCUCGCCCUUGUAUGGAUUGCCGGUCCUCUUAGUGGCACCUUGGGACAACCAAUAGUGGGAAUCUUCAGCGAUAAUUGUUUUGUUUCUUGGGGUCGUCGUAGACCAUUCAUUCUUGGUGGCUGUGCCAUAAUUUGCUGCACUUUGUUGUUGCUUUCCCAUUCGCUUGACAUUGUUGCCUGGUGGAUAAAUGAUAAUGAUGAAGAAAAAAUUAGGACCGCCACCACUCCCAUUGCCAUUAGUGGUAUUUACAUUUUAGAUUUCUCGAUCUCCGCGUUCCAGGCCGCCAGUAGGGCCCUUAUUGUCGAUUUGCUACCGGUCCAUCAGCAACAGUUGGCUAACGCGUGGGCCGCAAGAAUGAUUGGGGGUUUCAACAUUCUAGGGUUUUUCCUUGCGGCUAGUGAUUUAUCUACAGUAUUUGGCGGUCAUGAUGAAGCCAGCCAGUUUAAAAACUUGACAAAUUUGGCAAUUCUUAUUCUUGUGGCCAUCACGGGAACCGGGUGCUGGUUUAUAAAAGAACGUAAUCCCCAGUCAGAUCCGUUAAUCAAUAUUGAAAGAGAAAGAAGAUUGAAAAAUAUGGGAAUCAAUGAUGAUCAACAAAAAUCAGCAUUAUGGUUAAUGAUAUAUUCAUUAUAUAAGCAAACCACCAUGGCCAUCAGUAGAUUAUCCCCGCAAAUCAAAGCCGUCAACACUACCGAGUUUCUUGCUUGGAUUGGAUAUUUCCCCAUGUUAUUCUAUACCACCACUUAUGUUGGAGAGCUCUAUAUUUAUCAACGGAUUAAAUACCUUGAAGUGAACGACCCCCAGGCAUUACCAUUAGAUGAAAUCGCGAGAGCAAAGUUGGGAGAGGAAAGCACGAGAGUGGGAUCGUUGGCAUUACUUGUGAAUUCUAUCAGUAGUUUGAUAUUCACCGUGGCGAUCCCCAGAUUUGCAGAAAGUGCCAAAAAUUUGGACUUUGACCGAGUUAGGGCCAAAGCAUUUGGAACGGUUGCUCUAUCACCUCCUUAUCGAGAACACUUCAAUACCGAUUCGGAUUCCCCAAUAAUAUCUCUAAUCAAACAGUUUUUCGAUAUCGGAACGAUCCCAUACCGUGUUCCAAUUAGAGUCAUUUGGAUGGUGUCGCAUUGUAUCUUUGUGCUUUGCAGCUUGCUGACAUUUUUCAUCAAAUCAUCGACUUGGGCUAUUGUGAUGUUUGGAGUCAUGGGAAUUCCUUGGGGUGCUGCUCUUUGGGCGCCGUUUGUGUUGACUGCUGAAGAAAUUGCCAGAAUAAAAGAAAAGAAAACCCUAUAUGAAGAAUUAGUUCAUGAUAAUAGAGAAAACCCCGAGGAAGACGAACAAACUAUGUUAAUUGAGGGAAGGGAAUCAAUGAGUGUCGUCACAGUUAAUGAAUGGAGUAAUGAGGAGACCGAGGAAACCAAUAAUAAUAAUAAUAAUAAUAAUAAUAAUAAUAAUAAUAAUAAUAAUAAUAAUAAUAAUAAUAAUAAUAAUAAUAAUAUUAAUAAUAAUAAUAUUAAUAAUAAUGAAGAAGAUGAUAUCACUUAUACCAGGUCCAGAGAUCAUUUAGUCAAGAAUGAUGAUGCGAUGACGAUAAAUCUGGCGGUGGUGAGAAGUUUACGAAAAUACAUGAAUUACGAACACGAAAGCGGGAUCAUUUUAGGGAUCCACAAUAUUUUUGUCAGUGCCCCACAAGUGGUGAGCUCAUUGCUCAGCUCGGCAUUGUUCAAAUUGCUUUCUCAUAAGAAUUCUGCUGGCGGAGUUUACGAAGGAGUAUUGGAUGAUUCGUUAAGUUGGGUAUUUAGAUUUGGAGGAUUAAUGGCAAUUGGUGCUGUUAUUGCUACUACAAGAGUAAAAGGGAAUAGAGAAGUUGAACAACAAGAUGAUGAGGAGUUGUAUAAUUGA